GCCUUCUGGAAAAUAAUCUCAGCGGCAGAGCGAGUUGGCAGUUUCGGGUAAGACGGCCUAGACGUGGGCAGGCAGGUAUAAGACAGGCAAGAGGAGGAGCACCGGCACCGCAGCCACACCGCCAAGAGACCACCACACACAGGUUACAUCGCAGCGCUGUCAGAGCGUCAGUGUUCCACGAUCAAGAACAAUCAUGGUGACGGCCAAGGUCUGGCAGCUGCUGCGGCGGCCCACAGGGGAGCCCACCCGAGAGGACUUCACCUGUGUGGAGGAGACUCUGCCGCCCUGUGCGGAUGGAGACGUAUUGGUGGUGGCGGAGAGCCUGAGCGUGGACCCCUACAUGCGGUAUUUACUGCGGACCAUCCCCCUCAAUACCACCGUGGUGGGGGAGCAACUGGCCAGAGUAACGGAGAGCAAGAAUUCCGAGUGGCCUGUGGGGUCGUACAUGCUGGUCUCCAUGGGUUGGAGGACACAUUCACACCUCACCGCUGCUGACCUGAGGGAUUCCACCAAAAACGUGCAGCGACUGCCUGAUUUUGGAAAGCUACCCAGGAGCACUGCUCUGGGCAUCCUGGGAAUGCCAGGAAACACCGCCUACUUAGCCUUUAUAGAGGUAAUGAAGCCCAAAGUAGGCGAGACUGUUUUGGUGAAUGGAGCUGCUGGAGCUGUGGGCAGCAUCGUGGUGCAACUCGCCAAGCUGGCCGGUUGCAAGGUGGUGGCCUUUGCUGGCUCUGAGGAAAAGGUGGAAUGGCUGAAGGAACUCGGGGUUGACCAUGCCUUCAACUACAAGACUGUGGAGGUUGGCGAUGCGCUGGCACAAGCGGCACCAGAGAAGAUCAACAUUUACUUUGAUAAUGUAGGGGGUAAGUUUACAAGCGAGGCUUUACCCCACAUGGCAGAGCAGGGGCGAGUGCUGGUGUGUGGAGCCAUCUCCACCUACAACACUGAAGAUGACAUCAUGGAUCCAGGGCUCAACAGUCCAUUCAGUGAGUCGCUUAUCUUGUGGAAGCAGCUAACUAUCAAGGGAUUUGUUAUCUACCGCUGGAAGCACCUCUGGGAGAAAAGCUCCAAGCAGAUGAGGAAGUGGGUAGAGGAGGGGAAGCUGCAGUACCGGGAGUCCAUAGUGCAAGGCUUCAGCAACAUGCCCUAUACCUUCAUAGGGAUCUUCCACGGCUCCAGGACCGGAAAAGUUGUGAUUAUGCCGUGAAGUCCUGAGGCAUGAAUCACAUCAUUAAACAAAGUAUACCCCCAGCUUGCUUGUUAUUCAUUACAUAAAGAAUAAUUUGCAUUUGUUUUCUGUCUAUGAUGCCAUGUGAUCAUUAUUCCCUGACAUAAGUGUUUCUGUCAUCCAGCUUGUUUUAUCAUAAUUAAACAAAUAUAGAAUGUAA